AUGUAUCCUUAUCUGACUCCCAGAAAAAGCGAAUAUCCACCUGUUACUGUUCCACAAAACGCAGUUGAUCCACGUUUCAGUCAAAUAAUCAAUCGGGCCAGUUUUAUGCCUCCACUCCAACAAUCAAUGACACGUGUUUCUUCUAUUGAUCCGCGGUUCAACCCAUCAACAAGUCAAUUUGCACGAACCGAUGCAUGGGGGACAGGCGCAUUACCACCAAAAAGUGGAAUGAAUAAUUUUGCUCCAAUGACAGAAGAAAAACCAGAGUCAGCUUUUGCAAAAACAUGUUCUAAAAUGUCAUCGUCGAAAAUGCUUUUCUUAUUGAUCGGCUUAAUUAUUUGUGGCAUUCCCUUGGCUGUUAUGACAACAUUAUGGGUGAGCUCACGUUCAUCGAGCAGCAUAACAGGAACAACCACUACAGGAUACUCUUCGUCUUCUGCUUCUCUAUCAACUCAGUGUUAUGCUUAUUCAUCCCUGACUGAUCAAUAUCGGGUGUUGGCAAAUGGUUACACUUGUAACACGGGCAGUUAUGACACCUCUCUUACAGCUGGUUGGUAUCGUAUCUCUGGAUUAGCUGGUACGCAACUUAUCAUGACUUCGCCUUCGUCGACCUGUACCUGUGGGAUUAGUUAUCCUGGAUGGUUCAAUGGCUCAUUACCAACGUCAGCAGGAACAUUAACAACAGGAAAUGUCUGUUUUUUUACUGGCAGUACGUGCGGCUUUUCAUUAUCACCGAUAAGUGUAAUAAAUUGCAAUGGAUAUUAUGUCUGGUAUUUAUUACCGACUACAAGUUCAAGCUAUCGUUAUUGCACACAAGCUUAA